GGGGCGCUGGACGCUCCCGGCCUCCCGCUGCUCCCGUGCGUCCCGCCUGGCUUCAUUGAUUCCCCCCCGGUUUGGGGCCAGUGGAUCCGUCCUAAGGGGCGGGGGCCCUAGUAUUCGAGACCUGCGCACCAGAGGGAGCCGUCUAGCAGGUCAGUUGCAUCUCCCACCAGAGGCCAGGAGCUAGAGAUGCCAUCAGGCUGUCUUUCUACCAGGUGUGAGAGGUUGGCCCGGAGAUGCAAAACUUCGUCCUGUACGAGGAGAUCGGCCGAGGGAGCAAGACGGUUGUCUACAAAGGCCGACGGAAGGGAACCAUCAAUUUUGUAGCUGUGUUUUGCACAGACAAGUGCAAAAGGCCUGAAAUAACGAAUUGGGUCCGUCUCACCCAAGAAAUUAAACACCAGAAUAUCGUAACCCUCCACGAGUGGUAUGAAACCAGCAAUCAUCUCUGGCUGGUAGUGGAACUCUGCACAGGUGGUUCCUUAGAAAUGGUCAUUGCUCAAGAUGAAAACCUCCCAGAAGAUGUAGUGAGAGGCUUUGGGAUUGACCUGAUUACUGGAUUGCAUCAUCUUCAUCAACUUGGCAUUCUCUUUUGUGACCUUUCUCCUGGGAAGAUACUCUUGGAAGGGCCUGGCAUGUUGAAGUUUAGUAACUUUUGCCUGGCAAAAGUGGAAGGUGAAAACUUGGAAGAUUUCUUUGCUUUGGCAGCAACGGAAGAAGGAGGAGGUGAUAGUGGGGAAAACGUACUGAAGAAAAAUAUGAAAAGUAGAGUCCGAGGGUCGCUCACGUACACAGCGCCUGAGGUGGCGAGGGGCUCCGACUUCUCCGUCGCCAGUGACCUCUGGUCUCUGGGCUGUCUGCUGUAUGAGAUGUUUGCAGGAAAACCUCCAUUCUUCUCAGAAAGCGUUUCAGAACUAGUUGAAAACAUUGUCCAUAAAAAUCCUUCGCCACCUAUUCCAAAAGAUCCUUCUCUUCCUAAAGCGUCUCCAGACUUUAUGAAUUUGCUGGAUGGUUUGCUUCAAAAGGAUCCACAGAAAAGAUUAACUUGGGCAGACCUGUUGCGGCACCCGUUCUGGAAGGACGCUCUUACCGGAAAAGACCAGGACUCGAGCACCGAGGACUUCGGCAUCAGCAGAAACACGAUGGAAUGCUCCGGGUCGCAAGAUGCCAAGGAGCUGGUGAGGAGCCCUCCGAGCGGACAAGCCAGAGGGGAGAGGAGUGGUCAGCGGCCGGGGCGCUCUCUGAGACUAGAAAACCCAGCUGAGUUGCGGCCUAACAAUACUCUUGGGGGUCAGCUGAACGAGUCCAUGUUCCUUCUCAGUUCUCGUCCAACGCCGAGAACCAGCACUGCCGUGGGUUCAAGUCCCGGUGAGGAUGUGACCCAGAGUUCAGCGCAGGAGGCGCCUCCUCUGACCAAGACCGCAGGUGCGCCCCUGAGCCAGCAGGACCUGGAAUCCCGGAUGCGGGAGCUCAUCUACACGGACGCAGAGCUCGUCGUCACGCCCAUUAUCGACAACCCGAGGAUCAUGAAACAACCACCAGUUAAAUUCGAUCCAAAAGUAUUGCAUCUACCAGCAUAUUCAGCGGAGAAGUUAGUGUCGCUGAAGGACCAGGAUUGGAACAGCUUUCUGCAACAAGUGUGCUCGCAGAUCGACUGCCCCGAGAAGACCAUGGGCGCCUCCCGGGCCAAGCUGAACCUCCUGUGCUACCUGUGCGUGGUGGCCGGGCAGAGGGAGGUGGCCACCAGGCUCCUGCACUCCCCCCUGUUCCACCUGCUAAUCCAGCAUUUGCGAAUGGCUCCAAACUGGGAUGUACGGGCCAAGGUCGCUCGCGUGAUUGGUUUACUGGCCUCACACACAGCUGAACUUCAAGAACAUACGCCUGUUAUUGAGGCAAUUACUCUCUUAACCGAAUUAAUUAGGGAGAACUUCCGGAACAGCAAACUGAAGCAGUGCCUUCUGCCAGCCCUCGGGGAGCUGCUGUACCUCGUGGCCACCCAGGAAGAAAAAAAGAAGCACCCCAGGGAAUGCUGGGCCGUCCCCCUGGCCGCCUACACGGUGCUAAUGAGGUGCCUUCGGGAAGGGGAGGAGCGUGUGGUGAACCACAUGGCAGCGAAGAUCGUCGAGAACGUCUGCACCACCUGCUCUGCGCAGGCCCAGGGCUUCAUCACGGGGGAGAUUGGGCCCGUCCUCUGGUACCUCUUCAAGCACUCCACCGUCGACUCUCUCAGGAUCACAGCAGUGUCGGCCCUGUGCCGGAUCACACGCCACUCCCCGUCCGCCUUCCAGAGUGUCAUCGAGAAGGUGGGCCUGUCCUCAGUGAUCACCGCCCUGGCCUCCGCCAUCUGCAGGGUCCAGCAGUACCUGCUGACCUUGUUCACCGCCAUGCUGUCCUGUGGGGUCCACCUGCAGAGGCUGAUCCAAGAAAAGGAUUUUGUCUCUACCAUUAUCCGUUUGCUUGACAGCCCCUCAGCUUCCAUUCGAGCCAAAGCCUUCCUGGUUCUUUUAUAUAUUUUGAUCCACAACCACGAGAUGCUGCUGCUCAGCUGCCAAGCAAGACUGGUGAUGUACAUAGAGAGAGACAGCAGGAAGACCUCUCCGGGCAAGGAGCGGCAGCAGAGCGGCAAUGAGUACCUGUCCAGAUGCCUGGACCUCCUCAUCCGCCACAUGGUGCAGGAAGUGCCGCGCCUCCUGGGUGACAUUCUCGCCGCCCUGGCUAAUGUGUCCGGUCGUAAACACCCGUCAACUGUUCAGGCGAAGCAGCUGAAGCUGUGUCUCCCCCUGAUGCCUGUGGUGCUUCACCUCGUCACCUCCCAGGUAUUUCGACCUCGAGUUGUAACGGAAGAGUUCCUUUUCAGUUAUGGAACCAUUCUUAGUCAUAUUAAGUUGAUAGACUCAGGAGAAACUAACAUAGAAGGAGCCAUAGGACUGAUGGCAUCGGAAGAAUUUAUCAAGAUCACGUUGUCGGCUUUUGAAGCAAUAAUACAGUAUCCUGUUUUACUGAAGGACUAUUGCUCUAAGGUUGUUGAUUAUAUCCUGCCACCCUUGGUCUCCUUGGUUCAAAGCCAGAAUGUGGAGUGGAGGCUCUUCAGCUUGCGGUUGCUCUCAGAAACCACGUCUUUGCUGGUGAACCAGGAGGGUGGAGAUGGCAAGGAGGCUGCGCCUAUCGACUCUGACAGCAACCUUCUGGCUCUCAUUAGAGAUGUCCUCCUUCCCCAGUACGAGCACGUUCUCACGGAGCCCGGCCCGGUCCCGGCCUACGCCCUGAAGCUGCUGGUGGCCAUGACCGCGCACAGCCCCGCCCUCACCAGACUUGUGGAGGAGAGCAAACUGGUCCCGCUCAUUUUCGAAGUCAUCCUGGCCCACCAGGAGAACAUUCUGGGUAACACCAUGCAAAGUGUGAUUGCAUUGCUCCACAAUCUGGUUGCCUGCAAAGAUUCGAACAUGCAGCUGCUUUAUGAACACGGACUGGUGCAUCAUGUCUGUAACCUGUUCACGGAAACGGCCACACUGUGCUUGGACCUGGAAAAUAAAAAUGACGACGAGACGGCGACCGCGCUGCUCUGCUCCCUGCUGGACGUGCUGCACGGCAUGCUGACCCACACGUCCGGCGUCGUGCGGCUGGCCCUGCAGGCGCAGAAGGCUGGCUCCGGAGGCGACACUCAGGCCGCGGAGGACCUGCUGCUGCUCAGCAAGCCCCUGACCGCCCUCGUCAGCCUGCUCAUCCCGCUGCUUCCUGCUGAGGAUCCUGAAAUUUUUGAAGUUUCAUCCAAGUGUCUGUCUAUCCUGGUUCAGCUCUAUGGAGGAGAAAACCCGGACAGCCUGUCUCCUGAGAAUGCCGAGAGCUUUGCCGACUCACUGGCAUCCAGGCAGGACCCCAAGGAGCAGAAGCUGCUGCUGCGGAUUCUCAGGAGGAUGGUCACCUCCAACGAGAAGCACCUGGAGAGCCUGAAGGGCGCGGGCAGCCUCCUGCGGGCGCUGCAGCGGCUGGCCCCGGCUGGCGGUUCGUCUGCCGACAGCGCGGUGGCCGCCUUGGCCCUGGAAAUCCUUCAAACUGUUGGACGCUAGGCGAGAGGGCACCAACCUCAGCUGCACAGGCAAGACCAGAUCUGGCACACCCCAGCCGUCCCCACUUCCAAUAAAGCCAGCUGACCCAGAGCCUGUGGCUGAGGUGCUCUCCCUCACUCUGGGCCCUGGACACCGCCUCCGAGUACAGCCCUCGUCCUGGGGGGCACACCCUGCAGAAAUGCCAGUGCUCCAGGAACACUGGCUUCCUGUGAGGUCUGCCCACCUCGGUGGGUUGAUGGCAUCAAAGUAGAACUGUUCCCCCAACUUCUACCAGCCACUCCCAAACCCUUGAACCUCUUCAGCUUCUCCCUAUGUCCCCUCACACACACCAGAACCUCCUGGGGGCCGGGCCCAUGCACACCUGGUGGACACUGCAGGUGCUGGGCUGUUAGACUGAGGAAUCUGGCCUGGAAGAUGGGGUGGGUCCUGGACAGGUCAGACCAGGGGAGCAAGUUGAUGCAGCCCCAGGUCUCUGGGGCCUCGGUGUCCGAUCUGCACAAGGAAAGGUUAGACCAGGCCAACAGCUGCUGCCCCUCCAGCUGGGGGCUGCGCUUCUGCCUAGGUGGGCUGUCCCCUGCAGAGUGUAGCCCCUUUGCCACAGUGACCAGGGUAGUUUGCCAAGUUCACUGGGCUAUAAGGCAAGCAGUAGCUUUGUGCUAACUCUCCAAGGCAUGUCUGUCAGUCCCCUCCACAACCUGCAAAGCAGCUUCUCCACUUCCUCUCAGGCCAUCUACUUGCUCGGCGCUGAUCUCAGCACUCUGACUCCCUAGCCCUGUCUCUCCUGUGGGUGCGCAGAGCUUGAGCUGUAAACAGCUGGGGUGCAAGAGGCUGUCCCCCGAGCAGCAGGCAGUUUCAUUUCAUCGCUCAUAGCCUACUUACUGCCCAGUGAGGCGGCGGCACCCCAGUGGCCUGGCUGUGUUCCUGGCUGGAGUAGGAGUUGGCUCCCGGAGCAGCCAGAGUCCUGGCUUUUGGCUCCAGCUGCUUUGCCUCCGGGGCACAGAUCUCGUUUUCCCAGACCACCUGUUCUCUCCCGUGAUUCAGUUCCCGGGAGACCACUGGAGUUCUGGGUCUCAAGAGCUCAGAGAAGGUAUUUCAAAGACUGGAAAAGCUACUUCCCCCUCUCCAUCAAGCAGGGAGGCGUCUGCUGUUGAGAGUUAAACAGGGAGGACUUACCAUUCCCACACCUUGCUGAGCUGACCACUGCUGGCCCUGAGCCCAUAGCACUGCAUGUUGAGAAAAGGCGUAUCUGCAGGAGGCAAGAUGGAGGUCCCAGCAGGGCUACUGCCCUGCCAACGGUGCUCAGCCCAGGGUGCUGGCACUAAAGCCAGCCCGCGCUAAGCCUGUACCGUGUGAGGCUAUGUCCUUCUGGACCUGGGGGGUCCUUUUGUCAUUCUCUCAGUGUCAAACGGAAGCAGCAGCCUUAGUUUAAUGAAACCGAGGUAGGGCGCGAGCAGGCUAGCGGCCGCAGAGACCCUUCCCUGCUUCUCCGGGGGGGAGGCUUCCCAGGCUGCUCCAGUGCUGAGAAAGGAGCUGGCCCCCAGCCCCAUGGGAGCUCACAGGAUUCUGAGUGUAAGGGGUCCAGACCCAGGUACCUGCUGCCCCCCCCCCCCCUUCCCACUACCUCCAAGCUUCACCAACGGACACACCACGGGGACAAAUGUGUCCCUGAAGUCGGCAGCCGGAGCACGGGCUGGGGAGUGGCUGCACAGGACUUCCCUCCGCCUUCCCCUCGACUACACCCCAGGCAGCGAGACCGUGCCUGAGACCUCGCUGGGAGUAGAUGGAGGACUGUGCCGGCCUGUGAGGACCGUCGGGUGACUGGCUCCAGGUGGUCAGAGAAGUGAGAGUCACAUGGGCAGCUGAGGAGGUAGGUCUGCUGGGUGCAGCCACAGAAUCGACUGCAUGGUGGUUCGCAUUCCUUAUUACCAUGAGGUUUUCUGUUACCUGAUGGGGUUCCAGGUCAGCUCUGUGAAUGUAGGGAAGCUCAGAAAGUGGGGGCGCUAGUGGCUCAGGCUCUUGUCCAAGGGGAGGUGGUCUCCCCUGCCUGCACUUGAGGCAAGAUGCCAGUGUUCCUCCCUCCCCUAGCAACAGAAACAGGAUGCAGAAAUAGAUCUCUGCAUACGGAUCGAGGCAGUGACUGAGGUAGGAGCCUUGGGAAAGGGGGAGGAAGCUACAAAAUCCCGAAGAAAGGGGCUUGGCCAUGGGGGUUGUCUGGAGUGGGAUGGGAACCAGAACGGACAAAGGUUUGGAGGCUCCGGCUCGGUGGGGCUGAGGGAAGUGUGGGAACAAGAACAAGGGAGCGGAAUACUGAGGGGAGGCUGGCUGACAGCCCACCUCUGGCCUCUUGCUGGAGGCGGUCAGGGAGUGGGUACCACACAGGAGUGAGGAGAAAAGGAGACUCCACCUUUUCUGCCUCACCUCACCCCUCCAUUUUGUAACUGCCUUGGGGGGGUUAAUCCUCUCAAGGAAGGAAAAGCAGCGAGAUUCUCACCUGCUAGAACAAAACCACCAUAGCCCAUCCACUCAGCUCUUUACUAAUUAAACCAAACAACACGAUUCAGACUUGUUUUUAUUACAGUAAUCAAAACAAUUAAGAAGCUUGUUUACCUUAAGAUCUUUCACUGUCAAGGACUCAAAUAACCAGAUCAAAGUCUCAUGUCUGAAGCCUCUAUUCCAACAGGAAGCGCCCUCUUCCCUCAAUGCAGUGGGACCAAGUGUCCUGUGAGCUCCACCCCCAGGUAACGGCUCUCCUGGCUGUGUAGUAAUCUAAGAAC